UUUGCGGUAAGGUUCCGUCCCUCGUUCCAACGCCUCAAGGUUGCACUUGCUCCAAAUAUAGAAUCCGUAAUGGGACCGAUCCCAACAGUUAUUUUGCAAAUUCCAAAACCCAUCGAACCCAUACUAUAGAGUCCUUUUCAUGGCUCUCCUUUUCUAAGUGUUCUCUACUUUCAGUCUGUUUCUAUUUUCGGCCAUGGAAGUACUUUCGAGCUCAGUUUUCUCAUAUAGGUUCGCAGAGACUUACCCAGCUGUUCAAUCACUGGUUCCUUCCAUCAAAUUCUCGAUUAGGCGAAGUGGGUAUCUGAAAAUCCAUGAAAGUUUGGAAACCAGACGGUUUUCUGGUUUGGAUUUGAGUACGGAGAGGGUAUGGACUUGUGGGCUUCGAGUUCGAGCCCUUGCCCGUGAGAUUUCAGACGAAGGCGGCGAGGAGGAAACGUCGGACGGUGGGCCUGGUUUAGUUCCCGUGCAGGGUUCUUCUUCUUUGGAGUCAAUGAUACGAUAUAACAAAUUGCUUCUUCUGCACUAUUAUGAUGGAAUCUCUCGUAUUCUGAAGGGUAACUCAAGCCAGAGUGGAAGUAAUGACAAAGCUUUGGGUGAAAACUCAAGUAUCACAUCACCUCAAAUGGUUUCAGGUGGAAGUGGAGCUGGUGGGGGCACAAGGGCUGGGCUUUUCAGAACACCAAUUUCUGGUGGUGUGCAGAGUGCAACCUCUGCUCAUGAUCUACCUCGACCAGCCUUGGCAGUUCGCAAUCUGAUGGAGCAGGCCAGAUUUGCCCAUUUAUGCACGGUGAUGUCCCGGAUGCACCACCGUCGGGAGGGAUACCCAUUUGGUUCGCUAGUAGAUUUUGCACCUGACUCAAUGGGCCACCCACUCUUUUCAUUUUCACCAUUGGCUAUCCAUACGAGGAAUCUUUUGGCAGAUCCACGGUGCACACUUGUUGUGCAGAUUCCCGGAUGGAGUGGACUAUCAAAUGCAAGGGUUACAAUUUUUGGUGAUGUCUUCCCUCUUCCUGAUCAUCAACAGGAAUGGGCUCAUAAACAAUACAUGGCAAAACAUCAACAGGGAGCUUCCCAGCAAUGGGGAAACUUCUACUACUUCAGGAUGCAGAGCAUAAGUGAUAUUUAUUUCAUUGGAGGUUUUGGCACUGUUGCUUGGGUAGAUGUCAAGGAAUACGAGACACUCAAACCUGAUAAGAUUGCGGCUGAUGGAGGAGAGCAAAAUCUAAAGGAACUCAAUGCAAUUUUCUCAAAGCCACUUAGAGAGCUUUUAUCCACGGAAACUGAAGUUGAUGAUGCAGCUUUCAUAUCGGUAGACAGCAAGGGCACAGAUAUUCGGGUCCGUCAAGGAGCACAGUUCAACAUUCAGAGGAUAUCUUUUGAAGAGGGGCAUGCCGUGGAAACAUUGGAAGAAGCCAAAGCAGCUCUUCACAAACUAAUAAGUAAAGGUUGCAGGAUAAGCUUUCAUAGCAAAGCCUAAACCAUUGAUAGAUCAUGUCUGUUCUUUCCUCAUGGUACAGCGAGAUGCAAAGAUUCUAUUCAAGGUAUUGGAGCAAUCAGAAAAGCCACAACAGUAAGUUGUGAAAACCUGCAAGCUGAGAUUCUCAGAUUGGGUCUCCUAUGCGCAUGCAAUGAUACAUGUAUGCAUUGCUGUUUUUUUCAUCCUCCGAUUGUAAUUUUGAAGCAUUUUAUGGAUUUAUAGGGAGCCUGAUAUAUGCUUUAUUUAUUUCUUAAGGGAAAAAAACCAACCACCGCGUUGAGUCGGUUGUUGGCUGAGUUGACUUGGAAUUUUAGUAAAUGAGUAGAAUAAUGUUAAAUAUGAACCGUGUUGUAUCGUUGUCA